AUGGGCACGGCCGGACCUUACGAUCCGCACUUGCCGGCGGUUCCUGAUUGGCUCAACACAGGAGACAACGCGUGGCAGCUCACGGCGGCGACUCUGGUUGGUCUACAGAGCAUGCCAGGUCUGGUAAUCCUCUACGCCUCCAUCGUCAAGAAGAAAUGGGCCGUGAACUCCGCUUUUAUGGCUCUUUACGCCUUCGCCGCCGUUCUUCUCUGUUGGGUCCUCCUCUGUUACAAAAUGGCCUUCGGCGAUGAGCUUUUGCCUUUCUGGGGCAAAGGUGGUCCCGCCUUCAAUCAAGGAUACCUCAAGAGCCGAGCAAAGAUCCCAGAAACCGUCCAUUUUGUGAACGGGAAGAUAGAGAAAGAAGCGACGAUGCCGUAUUUUCCGAUGGCGACGUUGGUGUAUUUUCAGUUCACAUUCGCGGCGAUAACGACGAUACUUGUGGCGGGAUCGGUGUUGGGGAGGAUGAAUAUAAAAGCGUGGAUGGCGUUUGUGCCAUUGUGGCUAAUUUUCAGCUACACAGUCGGAGCUUAUAGUCUAUGGGGCGGAGGGUUUCUUUAUCACUGGGGAGUCAUUGAUUACUCCGGUGGUUAUGUUAUUCAUCUCUCCUCUGGUGUCGCCGGUUUCGUCGCCGCUUACUGGGUAGGACCCAGGCCACAGGCUGACAGAGAGAGAUUCCCACCGAACAAUGUUCUGUUAAUGCUCGCCGGAGCUGGACUCCUAUGGAUGGGAUGGUCAGGUUUUAACGGCGGAGCUCCUUACGCCGCCAACUUAACCUCCUCAAUCGCGGUGCUCAACACCAACCUCUCCGCCGCCACCAGCCUCCUCGUGUGGACCACACUUGAUGUCAUCUUCUUUGGCAAACCUUCUGUCAUCGGAGCCAUUCAAGGCAUGGUCACUGGUCUCGCCGGCGUCACUCCCGGAGCAGGGUUGGUCCAAACAUGGGCAGCUAUAAUAAUUGGAAUAUUCUCAGGAUCAGUUCCAUGGGCCUCUAUGAUGAUCCUUCACAAGAAAUCCACUCUUCUCCAACAGGUGGAUGAUACAUUAGCGGUAUUCUACACGCACGCAGUAGCCGGAAUAUUAGGUGGAAUAAUGACAGGUUUGUUUGCACAUCCUGAUCUCUGCAAGUUGUAUCUUCCUGUCCCAAACAGCAAUGGAGCUUUCUACCGCGGAAAUGGCGGCAAACAGCUUCUGAAACAGUUGGCCGGAGCUGCUUUCAUUGCUGUCUGGAAUUUGGUGUCGACGACUCUCAUACUCCUUGCUAUUAAGAUGUUUAUACCGUUGAGAAUGCCAGAGGAAGAGCUUGGGAUUGGAGACGACGCGGCUCAUGGAGAAGAAGCUUAUGCUCUUUGGGGAGAUGGAGAGAAGUUCGAGGCCACGAGGCAUGCCACGCAGAUGCAACAGUUUGAGAGAGAUCAAGAAGCUGCUCAUCCUUCUUAUGUUCAUGGUGCUAGAGGUGUCACCAUCGUUUUAUAAAUUUUUCAUUUUUUUGUAUCUUUCUCUUUUUUUCUUUUGGUGUGGUAGAGACGUGAAAUGAUUUGCUUUUGUAUAGUUGGAAACUUCAGUUUUCAUUUUGUUUAUGAUGUAAUUGCACUUAACAUCCACUUAUGCUAAAGUUAAAAAGAUGCUUCGCGAAUUAGAA